CCCCAACCCUAACCCAUUACGAAUCAUUUAAUGCCCUCAGGACACUUUCUAGGGGAUAUUCCUGUUUCCUGCUGACGGGGUUCCAAUAGCGGCGUCUGUGAUUUAAAACGCACAGAAUUAUGGGUAAACUCGUUCGGAAUUAUGGGAGUCUGUCCGAUCCUUCUUUUUAUUAUCUUUGGACUCAACCAGGAAAUCGCUGAUAGAAAAGCGAAAUAAAACAAUAACUAAUUUAACAGUAUUAAUAAUUCCGACUGGGUGUAUGGUUUUUAACAUUUGUAUUAUUGAGGCAAAGAUAACAUGAAUCAAUGUGAUUGCUUUUAAAAUAAAUACAAAAUGGAGUUCCUACAGGUAAAACUCUCGUCUUCAGCUGUCUUACUCGCCUCCUGCAUCUGCUGGAUUUAUAUCUCUUUCGGAGACAGUUCAACUACACCUGUACCACAGCAGACGUGCUCUUCCAUCACUGGGUCUUGUGAAGAGUGCCUCAAGAAUGUAUCAUGUCUAUGGUGUUACACCACCAAUGCUUGUCUGGAUUAUCCUGUCAGAAAUGUACUUCCACCUUCCAUAGUCUGCCGUCUGUCUGAUGCACGAUGGGGAGUGUGUUGGGUAAACUUUGAGGCCAUGAUCAUUGCCAUGGCAGUGGUGGGUGGUAUCUUCUUGACAGCCAUCACCAUCUGCUGCUGCUGCUGUUGCUGUGGCUGCUGUUGCAGGAAGCGCUCUUCAGGACCUGAUAGAGAUGAAGAAAGAAUGAUCAGGAGACAUGAGGAAAGAAUGCAACGCUUGUAUGAGAGGAAGGCAGAAAAAAAGACAAAACAUGAUGAAAUCCGUAAGAAGUACGGUCUCUUGUCAAAUUCAGACCACCCCUACAGCAGAUUUGAGAAUGAUUAAAAAUGCAAGAUGUGCUGGUUUUAAGGGUGUAAAGGGCAGACCGUUCUGCAAGUUGUACUCAGUUUAUUUUUUCUAAUGUUACUCCUGUUUUCAUGUACACAGUCACUGAUUUUGGUUGCACUAUAAUUCACUCUCCAGGCUGUAAAUUUAAUAAGGACGAAAAUCUUUGCAUUAAAGGGUUUUAUUAAUAUUUUCCUACUUCCAAGUAAAAUAUGUUCUACUGUAACAUUUGUCACUUGUUACAUUUAUACUUUUCACACCAACCAUAUAAAUAUUGUUUAGAAUUUUUCCACUUUGUGCUCACUUUAGCAUUCUGAAUGACCUCUCCCUUAAUUUAAAGAAAUCUUUAAAUGGUUGUGCAUUGAUGAUUGUUACUGGUUUCAUUGCUGUGAUUAUUAAAAUAAGAUGCCUGUAAGCUGUUUAGAACAUUUUAAAUUAUUUUAAUCUUCAUAAUAAAUUGACACUUCAUAUUGUCGUAUUACUA